UUUAUCUAUCGGGAAGGAGAAAAGGGCAGGCAAUAAUAAUAACUGAGACACUCAAUCGGGUGGGAAUUCCGAUCAUUUCUUGAACUUUACAACGCACACUUUAAAAAUAUGAAUCAGAUAGUGACUACGUGCAUCGUAUGCAACCCUAUUUCUCAUGCUCGGUCCUCUACCUAGUCCUCUCCCUAGUCAGUGUUCACAGCAUGAGCCAAGUACAUAUUGGACAUACCCCCUCGACGGGCGAGCCAUUAUCCCAUUCACAUUCUGGUCCCUGGAAGUAAGUAUGCUAAUAACGACUUAUCGCUUUGGUUCACUAUGUUUUCCACGGCUUUGGUUAUGUUGACGUGUGUAGCGUCGAUAGAUGCGAAGCCUUUAGCUAAGAGAUAUGUUAAUAGCACAGGUUCCUUGGGUCCUCUCACUUUUAAAAGCGACGGGACGUUCCAGAUAUCCAUCUUCGAAGAUUUGCAUUUUGGCGAAAACGCCUGGGACCAAUGGGGACCCCAACAGGAUAUCAACUCUGUCAAGGUCAUCAAUGAAAUUCUCGAAGCAGAGUCGCCUGGUCUUGUCGUCUUGAAUGGCGACUUGAUUACUGGUGAAAACGGAUUUCUAGAGAAUAGUACAGUUUAUGUCGACCAGAUCGUCGGUCCUCUCGUAGAUCGAGGUCUUACUUGGGCGUCAACGUAUGGCAAUCACGACUACGACUAUAAUAUAUCCGGCAGUACUAUUCUCGCCCGCGAAAAGCGGUGGAGUAAUAGUCGGACGACACAGAUGGUUUUCGGUGAAGAAGCGGGGACGUCAAAUUACUAUCUCCCAGUUUACGACAGUGAUUGCAGCGAUGGAGAUUGCGCCCCCGAGUUGAUACUUUGGUUUUUUGACAGCAGGGGAGGGUUCCGAUACCAGCAGAAGGACGGAUCCGGCAAUCGGGUUGGCCAACCAGACUGGGUUGACUUCAGUGUCGUAAACUGGUUUCUUCAGACGAAUAAUGAACUUGUUGAGAAGUACAGCAAAACUAUCCCUUCGUUGGCGUUUGUCCACAUCCCAAUUUAUGCAUCGUAUAUCCUGCAGAAAGAAGGUAUCAAUCCGCAUGCUGAGCCAGGGAUAAACGACGACUAUCCGCUGGCUCCCCAGGCCCAGGGAUGGUGUGCAGAUGGUCGGAACGACGGUACUUGCGACUACGGAGGCCAAGACAUCCCGUUCAUGCAGGCCAUCUCGGCUGUUCCUGGAUUAAUGGCUGUCUUCUCAGGACAUGAUCACGGAAAUACGUGGUGUUAUAAAUGGGAUAGACUACUUCCUAACAUGACAGUUUCGCCUCGCAAUGACGUUAAUUUAUGCUUCAGCCAGCAUUCAGGGUACGGUGGUUACGGGAACUGGGAGAGGGGGGCUCGUCAGGUUCUCGCAACGAAGUCAAAACUAGCAAAUUUUGAGGUUGAUACAUGGAUCCGUCUUGAGUCUGGAAAUGUUGUGGGCAGUAUCUCGUUAAACUCUACGUACGGAGAGGAUCUGUAUCCGGCGACUAAUAAUUCGAAAACCUACUGCCCUACUUGUGAUUACGGCUCGUAGGGGAAGUAGGGAGAUGUUUAUCGUAAUGAUAAUGUGAUAAUACGGCUAUGGAAUAACUAUUAUAAUAACAUAAUAAAUGCAUAACUACCUAAUAUUUU